UAAUGUAUCAAAUGUGGCUUAUGAUUCCCAAAUCGCUGUGACCUGUUUCUUUAACGAAAAUGUUCAGACGACACAAAACCGCUUUUCUGUAUACAGACACAAUGGCCAAGAGAAACUAGAGAUUUUACAGUGUUUCUGGGUACACGGCAAGCCAGAGUGUAAGGUUGAUGAUGAUUGCCUUUACGAUUACGAGGUAUCCACGUAUCUCACCAUCACAUUUCAAAAGACGACAAAAAUUAAAAUAUUUACCUUCUCAUGCUGGCAUGCGGGAUCCAAACCACAACAACAGAAAACGUGUUCACUUGAGAUAUCUGAGGAAGUCUCACUAAAAGAUAUUUCAACUGGUCUGGCUAUCGGCCUGUCCCUAGCCUUGACUGCAAUGAUAGUAGCAGCCAUCCUCGUCGUAGUUCUACUGAGACGCAACAAUUGGGCUCUUCGAUGGAGAAAAACGCGAACAUCUGUCGACGAUGCACGCAGACCUAUGAUAAAAGAAGAAAGCAACGAAGACGAAACAACAACAAAGUUCCAAGUAUAUUUAGUACAAAACAUUGAAGAAUUGUACCCGCAUACGCUUAAUUCCUUCUAUUUCUUGCCUCCAGUUUACUUCAACAAACUUCAAUAUAAAACACAAACAAUAGUGGGUCAAGUCGUGUUUGUCCCACAACCUCAUGACUUCAGUGACGUCAGACACGACCGCGCCAUGCAGCACGUGCUGCACUGCUUACGUCACAUGGCGGAGCACUAUAAGGAGGACAUGUUUGUCUUGUCACAGUUUAAGUACGAAGAUUAUCUAAACAACCCUGGAAAUAGCUUUUUAAACCAUCGCUUACCUGUUCCCGCUGGGUUUAGAGACAAGACAAACGUCGGCUGCUUUGACAUUCUCAUUAUACAUCGACGUCUCGGGGUGUUGGUUGGGGUCGUCAAGUCUAUCAGCGAUAAGGAUGACGGGAGUGAGGACAGUGAAGAUAAAAUAGAUGAUAUGUUAGUCAGUGAGGUGUGUGAAGCUGUCGCUCAAGUUAAAUACGCAAACAGUAUGAUGGGACACCUGAUGUCAGAUCAGACACACAAACCUGCAGUUCAAAUGACUUUGAUGUUUCCCAACGUUACCUCGUCGUCACUACACCGAGCUCUGGGCAGUGACAGUCAGGUCACUCAGAGUUUGCGCGAGUGUGUUAAUGUGAAGGCCACUGACGACCCCACUCAUCUGUGUCUUUGCGCAAAUCAUCUGUCGAAACCUUGCGCUCCAUGGGACAUCGACACCAGUGUGAUGAGUCAUCUGAGAAGCUGGUGGGACAGGUUAAUGAAUCAAUCAGAUGCUGACUCAAAAAAGACUGAUGACUUGUAUCGAAACAUGAUAGCGAGGUUUUGUGGACCCGCUACCCAGUCCACCAUCCCACUGAUGGACGAGACUUUCCUGCAGCCCAGGACUCUGGCAGACGCCGUGACCCUGACAGGAGACCUGUACGAGCGACUAACUCUGUACCCGGAUAUGAUAGAGAUGUUAAGAGAAGAAAGGUUGUUUCUUGUUGGUCCACCCAACACCGGCAAAACACGAAUGUUGACGCUGGCUGGCAAACAAUGGAUAGAAAGAGGCCAUCACCUCUACAUUUUAGUCAGUAUUUGUACAAGAAGGGACUUGAUGUCCUCAUUUUCCAAAACAUCCAACCAUACGCCUGCUACAAAAGAUACAGAUGAGACUUCACGACCCUUUGUCACCCAAGUAAGCUGUAAUUUCAAUGUCAAGAAGGAAAUGAUGGGAAUUCUGAACAUGUUAACAACACAGGACAAAAAGAAUAUACCACUGUGUGUGAUUGCAAGUGAAGUCGAUUUCUGGGGAAAAUAUUUAAAAACAUUUUUAGAAAGUCUAAGUCGCCAACAUCCACACCUUUUAUUGUGGGCUACAAGCAGCACUAGUCAGGAUGUACCCGAUGGGUGGAAGGUACAGACCUUCACUCGGGCUCUCACCUGUCCGCCUGCAGUCGUCAGAGAAGCCUCACGUGCAGGAGCUGAUUAUUUCAUACCUGAGGCUGAAAUCCAACCACGUGACUUCCUGACUCCUACAGACGGCCCACAAGUCAAAUACAUUUACCAUGAGAUGGACUCCAAGGGUUACCACGACUGUUCUCUGUGUGGCAGGAAGGUGGCCGAUUUUCUCAACAAACAUCUUGUUAAUAAAAGCAAUAAAAGUGCUUCUCCAGAUGACAUCACCGAAGCAACAACCUCAACUGUAACACGGAUUCAAAAUGAAUCACCUACAAUGAAAGGAUCUUCUAUUCUUCAAGACAAAGACAUUUUAGUGAUAUUUGAAAACGACAAACACGAAUACUCAUUCUUGCAGGAACUAAAGAAAGUAAGUUUCCAAGUACAGCCUCUAGAGGUUGGGAAGGACACAGAAGUCGUGAGAGAAGAGAAGGAUUGUGUCUGCUCCAUGCGUGUUGACAGUUUUCGUAAAUUCAGACCAAGACGUAAAAUCGUGGUGUACGUGGAAAGCAAGUCACCACCUGAAAAUGUUUCCAAGAAAUGGUGGGGCAUCACGUGCUGCUCGGCACAGCUCAUCGUCGUGCGAUGGAAAUCAACAUAAUUGUCUCCGUCUUUGUACAACUUCAUCCGUUUCUCUUGCUUGACUAUAUAUAUAUACGUCUACCUACACUAAAUCUAUUUAUUCUGUGUGCUGUUCGUUCUUUUCAAUCCUCCACGAGCUUUCUUAAAAAAGCAGAAAAAUAUUGUUAAUCAGCAGAGAGACAGCGAACACACACUUUAUGCCUAGCAUAAUACCCUGUCAUGUCUUGAGCCUCCUGACUGCCUACUAGUAUGUCGUUGUGUUCAAAUAAAAAAAAAAUAUGUGUUUGUGAGCUGGGUUUGUUAAUGAACACAAACCUUUAUUUUGUAGAUUAAUUGAGAUUAUAGAAUGGAAGUCAUCUCUUUACAUCUACUGCAUCUUCCGCAUGUCUUCUGCCAAUAACUUUUAAGUUCAAACUGCAU